ACUCGAGUCUCUUACGUACAUACAUAGCACUGACUGCGUGACAUUAUGAUUAUACCCGCGGAGUGCAUGUGCACUUUCACGUUGUUGUUGUGCGUUGGAGCGUAACCGUCCACCCGCGUAAACAUCGCGAGUCGUUUUUCAAAUGAAUGGAACGUCCGUCGAUAUCGAUCAUGGCUCGCGUUACGAACUCCACUGUUAUCGCUUAAUAAUUAACGCGAUCAAAUAAUAUUUUGUGAAGUUAAUCGUUGUUGUUUUUUUUUUUAUUACCGUGCGUGAAGCUACCUAUAUACAGAUUUUGUUAUCGUCGCUGUCAGUAGACGGUAAAACGAUAAUUUGAAAGCGUCGUCGAUGGUGCUUUGAUUUAGUCGACGCUAUCGAGAGUACGAUUUUAAUUUUAAUUUUUGUGAAAGAUCAGCUUUUAAUUUUUGCGAAUUCGUAACCUCUGCGGAUUGGCGAUUAUGGCGGGAAAGGAAUUUCAAAUGUCGGACGAAUUGAAGAGAAGCUACUUGGCCGCUUAUCAAACGCUGCGCUUUUCUACGGAAAAUCGCCAAGUCUCCGAUGCCGAGACCGCCGAUGUUAUGCGACGAUGUCUUUUUAUCAAAUAUGCAUCCUGCGUAAACACGCUCGGCGACGAUGCAGCUCUCGCAGUGUUUGAAAAAGAUUUACAGAAGUACACGGAUUUCGUGGACAGAGCAAGCGGCUUGAAUAAUUAUUGGAAGCAAUUCGAAUCAUUGGACGUCGAUACGGACAAUGAUCCCCAGGACUGGACAGACAUUCCAAAUGACAUCAAUGAAACUUUGAAACUCAAAACUAAGUUGCCUUGUGCAGAUGAUCCAACGCAGCCCUGCAAGAAUCUACCUUACAAUGAUAGAGACAUUGAGAAAAUGAUGCAAUUGUGGAAAAAUGAUGGAACAUCGCCAAGAACAAGGAAAAUUCCUGCCAAACAGAGCAACGUUCAUGAUGGAGGCAAGCAACAGAAAUUGAAUUUUUCAAAUUUGAUCAAGACCGCACAGCCAGCUGUUAAAAAUAAUUUAGAAAAUAAUUCUGGACCCGAUAAAAAACCAAUAUUACCACAUUUAAGAGCUCAAACAGUAUCUGGCAAUUCGAAUGGUUUGGGAUCCGAUAAGAGACCAAUUUUACCACACUUGAGAGCUUCAUCAGGUCAUACUGACCCCAAAAGUUCUGGAUCCGAUAAAAGACCAAUUUUACCACAUUUAAGAGCUCCAACACUUUCUGAUCCAAAUGGUUCUGGAUCUGAUAGAAAACCACUCUUACCACAUCUAAGAGCUUCAUCACAAUCUGAAGCAAAUAGCCUUGGAUCUCAGUCUAGGCCAGGCUCAACUUUUCCACCAUCUUCUCAAGCAAGGUGGCAAACAUCUAAUUCCAAGUAUGUAAAUAUUGAACAAAAAAGUCAUGGGAUAAAGGCUAAUUUCUCUUAUCAAGGAAAAAAUGAUUCCAAUUCUGUUGAAAGAAAAUAUGAAAGACCAGAAGUUGGAAAACCAAAUUAUUCUUACAAACAAGAAUCUCAUUACAAUGAACGAAAAUAUGAUAAAUAUGAAGAUAAAAAAUCUAAUUAUGGUAAUAGAAAUGAAUCCAGGCCUAUUGAAAGAAGAGAAGAAAAGAAAGAAGAUAGUAGAUAUUCUGGAUUCAAAACCGCUAGAACAGAAUUAUCGAUACAACAAGCUAAGAAUAAUAACAGAGGGCAAGGGUACUCAAGACAGCCCCAACCACCAGUUAAUAAUAGCCGGCAACAGCCUGUUAGCAAUAGGCAACAACCACCGGUAAAGAAAUCACUUGGUGGACGAGCAUUAAAUUCUCCGUUUGUAUGCCCUUUCAAAGAAAAUCAACCGAAAGAAGAGGAGGAACCUCCAGAACCAACAGAUGAAAGACUGAAAAAUAUAGAACCUAAGAUGAUUGAGCUUAUAAAAAAUGAAAUCAUGGAUUGCGGUCCACCAAUACAAUGGGAUGAUAUAGCUGGUCUAGAUCAUGCCAAAAGAAUCAUCAAAGAAAUUGUUGUGUUUCCAAUGUUAAGACCAGAUAUUUUUACGGGAUUGAGAAGACCGCCAAAGGGAAUUUUACUCUUUGGACCACCUGGAACUGGAAAAACUUUAAUUGGCAAAUGCAUAGCUUCUCAAAGUAAAUCUACAUUUUUUUCGAUCUCGGCUAGCUCUCUAACAUCCAAGUGGGUGGGAGAAGGUGAAAAAAUGGUCAGGGCCCUCUUCGCCGUGGCCCAAGUCGAACAGCCAUCGGUAGUUUUCAUCGAUGAAAUCGAUUCGCUUCUAUGUCAAAGAUCGGAAACUGAACACGAGUCGUCGAGAAGAAUGAAAACAGAAUUUCUCGUACAAUUGGACGGUGCCGCAACCGGUGACGAGGACAGAAUUCUCGUGAUUGGGGCGACAAAUCGGCCUUACGAACUCGACGAAGCUGCUCGAAGACGUUUAGUCAAACGUUUGUACGUACCUCUACCGGAAUUAGAGGCAAGAGCUCAAAUCGUUCACAGAUUGUUAAGGUCAGAGCGGCACGACCUCACCGACGAAGAUAUCAUCAAGAUCGCCGAAUUAGCCGAAGGUUACUCCGGUGCAGAUAUGACGAAUUUGUGCAAGGAGGCCAGUAUGGGUCCGAUUCGAAGCAUACCGUUCGAUCAGUUGGAAGGGAUCAGCAAAGAGGACGUGAGGAAAGUUACAUUCGUCGAUUUUCAGGAAGCUCUCGACUCGAUUCGUCCGUCCGUCUCCCAAAAAGAUUUGGCAGUUUACAUCGAUUGGGAUCGUACCUACGGUACUGCAAGUGUUCAAUCGAAAUAAAUAAUAAGUUUGAAUCACAAUUAUAAAUAGAAACACACUUUCGUAGUAUUGUAAUUAAAAGCUCGAAGCUUUCGUUUUAUUUAUAAAAAUUACUUCUUAAGAUUUAUAUUUUUAUACUUGUAAUAAAUUGAGAUCAAAACUUUAAGUUUGUAAAAAAAA